AUGCACCUUCCCCCGAACAGAGAAGAUUUACGAGGGCGCGCGAUCUGUCCACAGAACGGACGUGCCAGCAGCGAGAGCAGCGAGGACGGAGCCGGGAGCAGCGCGAGCACCUCGCGAGGAGCGGGUAGCGGGUUCGGCCUCGGAUGCACCGGGGGAUGGCGCAGCGUGUUCGGGGCCGUCUCGAGCAGGGAGCUCAGGCUGUACGAGUGCGCCCCAUGGAGCCCGGAAGCUUGGGCCUCGCCCAGCAUCACCUGCCAAUUGAUCGCAACCAGACUGGUGUCGUCCCCGGCGAGGCAGAACGAGGCAGGUGGUAGCAGCAGUGGCGGUGCGACGCAACACGCGGCCACUUUCGCUGUGCGGGUGGGCACGAUGGACGGCGUGGUGACGCAUCAUCUACGCGCCGAGACGAGGAGGGACCUGGCCGCGUGGGCCAGGGCGAUCGUUCAAGGCUGUCACGCGGCCGCUCAUUCGUUACGCGAGUACACCGUUCGGUGCACGUGGCAAGGGAAGGCCUGUCAGCUGGUCGUAAACCACGAGGAUGGCUUCGCGUUGUACGCAGCUGGGGCUAGAGGCGGUGGAAACGGGAUGAGUCCAAGCUCCUCUCCGACCCCUCUUUGGAGAAGAUCCUUCGAUAAACUGAAAAUGUCCGCCGAUGAUGGGGCGCGUCUAUUAUGGCUCGACUUUGGCGGCGAGGAUGGCGAGAUUGAGCUGGACCUCGAGAGCUGUCCCAAACCGAUCGUGUUCGUGCUGCACAACUUUCUCUCGGCCAAGAUCCAUCGGCUCGGGCUGAGCGCAUAGGGGUACGAGGGGGCCCCCACGGAGGCCCCCGACCUGCCGCCCCACACCACCAGGUCCGUCACCAGCGUCUUCCUUCACUGAAGCUCCGGACACAGGACGAGGAGGAAGAGAGAAGGGUGGCAGGCAGGACACGAGAGAACGGACGAGAGAGACCCACGCAUCGCUCGACGGAGACACGUAACGAGGACACGUUGGCCAGCUUCCACCUUUUAUUUCCAUCCGGAGAUCGCCACGAUUCCCCAACUCCCGUUGCUGGGGGGACUACCGCGCUCUUCCACGUUCGAUUCUACGAGCGAGGCGCGCGUAACCACGAACUCUCCUCGACGAAUGAGAAAACACGGGAAGAGAAACAAACGGAUGGCGAUCGGAGAGAGGGAGAACGAUCGAAGCCAUCCUAAUUUUCCAGGAAAGUAUCAGCAACAAGUGCAACAAGUAGGGCAGAAGGAAGCGGAAGGAAGGAAGGUCACUGCUGGGUAUCGUAACUAAUCAACGCGCCUAAGUAACCGAUUAAACUUAUCUAAAGUAAGAGGAAGAAAAAAAAACGCUAUGUAACGAACGAGAGAGAAGAGAGAGAGAGAGAGAGUGAAUGGUGGUGUAUUAAGAGAAAGUAGGAAAAAAAAAAAACUGCUCCGAUCGAACGCUCGAUUUCGGGGAACUGCUGCGGAAAAGCUGAUCAAUUACUGUCCAACUGCCAACCCGUUUCGCUCUUACUAUCGAGGGGAUCGACUGACCCUGCAACUUCGACCUCUCCCCUGGCGUCCGCCGCUGCACGCCAACUUUCCUCCUC